AUGCGCGAGCAGUCCGAGCAUGCACCGAAGAAGCGCAAACGCGGCGAGCUUGUAGCUGAAUUUAGGAAGCGCAUGCUAUUCUCGGCUCUCGACUCGUCCACUCCGCUCUUCUGCAAUGGCGAAAGAGCGAUCACGACGGGUGAUCCGAGCAGGGGAUGGACCGGCUCCAGCUCCAGCUCCAGCUCCAGCUCCAGCUCCGGAUCCGGAUCCAGCGCCAGCUCGCGCACGGCUCCCAUGCCAGGCCAAACCUCCGCAGCCUCCAGAUACGUCUCGGCGCUCAGCUCCCCAGAUCUCGUGCCUUGCGAUGCCGCUGCACAAUCCUCCGCUCAGGCGCUCAUGGGCACCAGCGCGCAAGACUCGGACGACCUGGCGACACAGUUGCACUCGGUCCAUGCUGCAGACGCACCCCACACCUCGUCUUCGCCCGUCGUCGCCCCACUCCUCCAACAGCGCGAUAGCGGCAGCAGCGACGGAAGCGGCAGCGGCACAGAAGCCUCUCUAGCUCAGUCCGACAUCUGCCGAACCCCGUCCACCUCAACAACAGGCUCCAGCCAUGCCGGCAGCCUCGACACCGCCAUCAGCUCCGUCCCCUCCGGCACCGAGUUCGAGUCCAACUACAAGUCUCACGUCGAAGAGCAAUCCGCAGACACCCUCCGCGUCAGUGUCGCCGCCUACGAUCCCUCCAUCGCGCCCAGUCAGGCAUCGCCCAUCUCGCUCAGCUCCGAGGCCGACAACGCCCUGCUCGACUACUCGCCGCUCCCACACGACGCUUCCGCCGGCGCCAGCCUCGUCGAGGCAAAAUUCGCCACCGCCAAGGUUCGCCGCUACGCCGCCCUCCUCGAGCUCAUCGACACCGAGCGCAACUAUGCCGACGACCUCGCCACCCUCGUCCUCGUCUUCUUCGACAACCUCUGCAUGAUGCCCUUCUUCAACGACCAGCCCGCGCGCCAGGCGCUCGUCAUGCGCAACUCCCAAGACCUCCUCCGCACCCAUCAAAAGCUCUCGGCAAAGCUCGACGCCAUCCUCGUCGAUCUCGGCCUGCGCAAGUCCGGUCAGCGUCACGCCGACGACCAAAAGACCGAGCUCGAAAAGGCGUUGAGUCCGCAGGCGGACGAGGCGGUCGUUCGCGCCGCAAAGCUCUUCAACCAGAUGAUGCCGCAACUCCAGUCCUACAAGGCUUUCUGCUCCAGGCACGGCGAGGCGCUCGCCCUCAUCCGCGAGGCAGAGAAGCGCCAUGCCGACUGGGACGCCUUCGAGAGGCACUGCGCCGACAUCCUCCGCCUCACACAGCGCGCCCACAAGCACACCUCCUCCCGCCCACCCUCGGGUGCGACCACGCCCAGCGUCUGGGCCACCAACAGCCCGGCGUCGUACUUUAUCCCCAUCGCCUCGUCCUCCGCAACGCCCUCGCCCAACCUCGCCUCGGGCUCCACCUCGACCCUCACCGCCGCCACCACCGCCUCGGGCUCCAACCCGGGCAGCGCCGCUGCCACGCCCGCCACGGCGCCCAGCGUCAUGCGCCAGAAUUCGUCGCGCCUGCUCUUUCGCGAUUUCCUCAUCAAGCCCAUCCAGCGCCUGUGCUUAUACCCGCUCGUUCUGCAGACGCUGCAGAAGCACAGCUCCGCCACGGACGACUCGGUGGAUGAGCUCGCCCUCGCCAUCUCGCUCAUGCGCGAGGUCGCAGAUCAGGUCGACGAGGCCGGCAAGCGUCGCGAAUCCGAGCUCCGCGCCGACCUCAUCUCGUCGCGCAUCGAGCCCAACCAGGGCGUCACGCUCUCCUUCCUCAAGUCGCUCGGCGAUUGCCAGCUCUCGGGCACGCUCGACGUAUUGCACCACCAUCGCCUGCUCAAUCCGCUCACCGCGCCGCUCCGCUUCAAGUACUUUGGCGUGUUUGUUUACCACAGCUUCCUCCUCAUGGUCAAGGUGCGCAAAAACUCCACCUACGAAUCCCGCCACUGGUUCCCGCUCUGGGCCGCGCGCCUCUCCAACGUCGAGGAUGAGCAGAACCUCAUCCCCAACUCGUUCCGCCUCUCGGUGCGCGAUCACCACUUUGAGCUCGCCGCCUCCAACGCAAAGGAGCGCCAGCUCUGGAUCGACAUGCUCUCGCUCGCCAUCUCGCGCGCCACCUUUUCGCCCCCCGGUUCCCAGGCCGCCUUCCCGUGCAGCCUCUACUUUGGCGAUGCGCCCGAUGGCGAGUCGCUCGAGGCCUCCGAAGCACCCACGCCCAACGCCAGCCGCCCCGCCGAAUUCCAGGGCUACUUUGAGACGGCAAAGGCAGGCACCGUCGAUCCGCUCAUGGAGUUUCUGGCCAUGCAUGCCGCCGGAGCCGCACAGGCCACGGGGACCAACAACCGCGGCCAGCGCGCCUCCUCGUCCGGACCGUGGAUGCCCACCGAGAUCCUGCUGCGCCACGCCUCGUCCAACUCGCGAGCCAUCGUGGACCGCGGCAUGGUGCUGUCGGACGCCGUCAUCUCGGCGAGGAUCGCCCGUGACGGAGGCGCGCUUUCCACGUUGUAUGCAGCUUCGGGGUCUGGCAUCGGCUCGGCCGUCGGAUCGUCGCUCGGUCUCAGCCGCCUUUCGGCCAAGGACACGGCGACGGUCAAGAUCCAGCGCCGCAAGAGCUGUGCCGGUCUGCUCGAGAAUGCCGAUGCAGAAGACGAUUCCAACAACCUCGUCUUCACCGCGACGCUCGUGCAGCCUGGCUCGCGAUCGCGCUCGUCGACCCGGGGUCAGUUGGACGCAGUCUCGGAGCGAGAGGGCUGGAAGUCGUCGCUGCUCAAAAAGGCCAACCGCGUGCGUCCGACGAGCAUCUUUGCGCCCAACGGCCUGAGCGUCAACACGGAUGGAUUGGCGAGUCCGGUGUGGGGCCCUGGGUCCGUGUCGACGCCAAGCUCGCCCAUCACGGCUGGACGUGAUUUGCUGGUGCACGAGUUUGGAAGCUUUGGCAUCACGGGUUCGGUGCCUCUGAGUCCGACCACGCCGACGUCGCAUGUGGCGGGCAUCGGUGGUGCGGAGCUGGCGUCGCACUCGCUCACGUCGUCGCCCAACUCGGGGUCCAACUCGGCGGCCAAUUCGACGGUGAACCUGCGCGCCCAGGGCCAUGCGAUGCCGACGCGCUCGCGCACGAGCCUGUACAGCAUGAAGGACUCGUUGACCAUGACGUUUGGCAAGCGUGUCCGUACGCGCUCGGUGCAGGGAGGCGUGGGCGAGGCAGAUCCGAUGCACGAGUUUGGUGUGGGAUCGGCGCUGUCGUCAGCAGCGGCGUCGCCCAUGGCGAGCAACGUGAGUCUGCCGCAUGGCGAGGUGGUGGACAGCAGUUCGAGAAGGCCGUCGGCAGACGAGCUGUAUCGCGGCCAGAAGGCGCGCUCGCGCACCAACUCGAUCUCGUCGGUCACAGGGUCGAUUCGACGAGUUUUUACCAGUGCAUCCCUGGCCACGCUCAGCCACAAGCGGGGACAGAGCGAGGCAGUCAAGGUCGGCGGGUCCGUGCAGAGCGAGAGGCAGUUGGCCGAGACGGUGGUGGAGGAGGAAGCGGCCAAGAUAGGAGGGACACUGCGCAGGUCCAGGACAAUGCUCGAUUAUUCCAGGAGCUGGUUCCGUGGCUCGGCGACCAGUGUGGUGGAGCGUGUGAAUGCUCAGGCUGUUGCACCUGCCACAUCGCCCACGGCAUCGCCCAUGGCAUCGCCCGGGCAGGAACAAGGUUCGCGCGGCGUAGGAUCCAAGGGUGAGGGCAUGAGGAGGGCUUCCGAUACGCACGUGGGCACGGUCAACGCACAGCCGAGCAGAGCAAGGCAGUCGUCCAAAGUGUACAACAAGUUGAAGUUCUUGCACAACAACAAGCUCAGCCCCAUGCAGUAG